AUGAUGACGUAUAUUUUAGCAAAAAAGAGUCGCUUACGUAGAUUUAUUACUGAUCCACUGGGUAUGAGUGAUCCUGCAUUAACACUUUUUACAGCAAUUGGUGAUAAUACAAUUGGUUGGAAUUAUGAAAUACUUGUUGUACAAAUAUUACUGUUCUUAUUAAUAUUAAUUAUCAUUGAUAGCGGCCUAUUACAAUUAUCAUUGUCAUGUUUAUAUAAAUCAAAUUUUGAUGAAAAUAAACUUGAUGAUGUUGUUUUAGCUGAACAACAUACAGAUCAUUUAACAGUUAAUAAUCUUGUUCAAUAUUAUCCAAUGCGAAAAGUUUUAGCCGUUAAUUACUUAACAUUUGGUGGACGAAGUGGUGAAGCUUUUGAUUUACUUGGUUAA